AUGAGCGCCACCCCUCGCCUGCGAAAUCUGACCAUUGGCAACGACCUGGCCGGCGUGCGAACUCUGAUCGUUGUGCUCGCCGUCCUGGUCGUUGGGCUGAUCCUGUACGGAGCAUAUCAAACGAAGCGUGCCACCAACAUCCUUCGACAACGGCGAGAAUCCACCGCCGACACGUCCGUCGAUGACACAUUGUUACGAGGAGCACUGGACCAAGUCGACUUGCGCUGA